GCUCCGGGCCAAAAUGGGCCGCUUCCGGCGGCGGGGAGAUGGCGGAUGAGGCGGCGCGGCGGGCGGUGGCGGAGCUGCCGCUGCUGCGGACGGCGGUGGGGCCGCGGGACCGGGAGGGCUGGGCGUCGCGGCUGAAGGAGGAGUACCGCGCCCUCAUCCAGUACGUGGAGAACAACAAACGCGCCGACAACGACUGGUUCCGCCUGGAGUCCAACGCCGAGGGCACCCGGUGGUUCGGGAAGUGCUGGUACGUCCACGAGCUGCUCAAGUACGAGUUCGCCAUCGAGUUUGACAUCCCGGUGACCUACCCCUCCACCGCCCCCGAGAUCGCCAUCCCCGAGCUGGACGGGAAGACAGCCAAGAUGUACAGGGGGGGCAAGAUCUGCCUCAGCGACCACUUCAAGCCCCUCUGGGCCAGGAACGUCCCCAAAUUUGGCUUGGCCCAUCUGAUGGCGCUGGGGCUGGGCCCCUGGCUGGCUGUGGAGAUCCCCGACCUCAUCGCCAAAGGCAUCAUCCAGCACAAGGAGAAGUGAAGGGCGGCGGUGGUGGGGGUGUGGAGCCCCCCCCCAGGAGGUGCUGCCCC